AUGUCUUCUUUGAAUUUGUUUCCAAGUGAUGAGGACGAGUUGAGGAAAUCGCUCUCGGAGCUGGUAGACGACAAAUUUGGAGCCAGUGCAAAGAAAGUGACAAGGAUUGUUGACAGCAGCAACCCCUUCCUGGACAUCCCCCAAGCGCUGAAUGCAAUCACCUACAAGCACGGUGUCCUCACGCGCAAAACCCAUGCAGACAUGGAUGGGAAGAGAACUCCCAGAGGAAGAAGAGGUUGGAAGAAAUUUUAUGCUGUGCUUAAAGGGACCAUCCUUUAUUUACAAAAGGAUGAAUACAAACCUGACAAAGACCUCUCUGAAGUGGAUCUGAAAAAUGCCAUCCGUGUGCACCACGCCUUAGCCACAAAAGCCUCUGACUACAGCAAGAAGUCCAAUGUGCUCAAGCUGAAGACAGCUGACUGGAGAGUCUUCCUCUUCCAGGCUCCAAGUAAGGAAGAAAUGCUCUCCUGGAUCCUGCGAAUCAACCUUGUUGCUGCCAUUUUCUCUGCCCCAGCCUUCCCAGCUGCAAUCUGCUCCAUGAAGAAGUUCUGCCGCCCACUUCUGCCUUCAUCCAUGACCAAGCUGUGUCAGGAGGAACAGCUGAGGUCUCAUGAAAAUAUGAAGCAGAUUGCAGACGAAUUAGCAGAGCAUAAAUCACAUCCUGUAGAGAAGAGCCUCAAGUCAAAAGAGGCUGAAGAGUACAGGCUCAAAGAACAUUACCUAAUUUUUGAGAAGAGCCGCUACGAGACAUACAUCAACCUGCUGUGCAUGAAGAUCAAAGUCGGGACAGAUGACCUGGAGAGAAUUGAAACCAGCUUCUUCAAGGUGGAAGCUGAUGACAUUGCUUUGCGGAAGACACAUUCCAGCCCUUCUUUGAGCCAAGGGCAUAUGUCUGUUAGCUGUAAGGUGGAAAAGGACAUCAUAGAGCAGAACACUUAACAAGGAACGUGCACGCAGGGGGAAUGAACCGGCGGUGCUUCGCGCUCCUGGACUAGAUCAAUGAGCACAAUUUUACCUAGGAAAUAAUACAAACAAAACCAUAGAAAUGUAUGACACGGUGACUGCUAUAGUGAAAGAAGUCAAAGAAGCUUUAGUUGACACUCCUUGGCAACGCUCUGGCAUUUCAGCAUCAUAGAUACUCCAUCUCUUCUUUGUCCCCAACAGCACCAGUGGCUUUCCUUUCCCUCUUACCGCAACCUGCACAAUAAAGGGAUAGCUUAUUCUCCAGGGCCGGUUGCUCUCUCCCACCAGCCCUCUCUCUCCUUCCUCCUCCUUCUCUCCCUGGAGUUUCCACCGGUUCACGUCCGCAGUUCCCAGCAGUGCAGGAAACUCGGCUGACACACCGGGCUCUGUGGCACCAGCAGUGCUGCGGGAGCAGGGCUCAGAGCAGCAGGCGCGUGUCCCUGCCACGGGAGGAGCUCCAUCCUUGGCAGGACGUAUCACAACGGGGUCGUUCUGCCAGAUAGUCACUGACCAUGGGAGAGGCGUCUCCAGCACAGCGCGUGGGAAAGGCACCUGCCCACGGCAGGAGAGACCUGAAGUACCCUCUGUCACCUUAUCCUUUUUAUAUAUAUAUAAAUAUAUAUACAUAUGAAUAUAUAUAUAUAAAUAAAUAUAUAUAUAUAUAUAAGGAGACUUUAAUGUGGGAUUCUAACCUCAGUGUGCAAGAGAAGUUAAGCUGCCUGGAGAAGACACUGGGGACCAUGGAGAGCCUGAACAGUCUGCCUGGACAUCUGCAAAAAUGCAGUAGCUUACAUUUGCUUUUGGUUUCUUUUUUUUCUUUUUUUUCCCCACUCAGAUGGAAAUCCCACCUGGCUUUGCUGUGAAACAGCGCUCUCCUGUUCCUGCUUGUUCAGACAGAGUGGCCAAGUGGCUAAUGGCCAUCCACAGCUUUGGGUUCGAGGCGUGAUGGGAGCCAUCUUCAGGUCCAGCUGAACCUUUGUGUGCAGGAGCAGUUCUGACUGCCCGUCAGUGUCGUACUUCCUCCAUUCUGCGAUCCAUAUGCUAUGCUCUUUUCAAGGGGGGCUUGUGUUUCCAUUCCUUUCUGCUGCCUGUGGUUCAAUGAUUUACCGUCGUACUGGAAAUGAUUCCGCUGCAUUUCAAUGCCACGACUGUCCUCCCACACCUUGUUUAUUUAUUUUGCUCUUUGGUUUAGUCCUUUAUCUCAGAUUGCUUUUCUUUCCCCUAGGUGUGUUCACGUUAACCAAGCUCCAGUUUUGAAGGAUCUUGUAGCUGCUAACUACAAUCAUUUAUUGUAAAUAUUUUGCAGCACUAUUUAAACAAAGAAAACAAGAUUUAUUUGGAUCUUCAACAACUAAGAGCCUAUGGACUAAUGUUUUCCAUGAUGGCUCGUGCUACUAAAAACCUCCACCCAAUUUUAUCACCUCUUCUUUUAUCUCUCCGUUUCUUUGUACAGUUUGGUAGUUUAUUUGAAAUAUGCACUAAGAAUCAUGUUAAAAAGAAUAACAAUAAAGCUGAAUCUGUUGGUAAAGAUAAUUGGUUUGAAAU